UUGGCAUCACCCACUGCCUCUACACCCACUCAUCCAUUUUGUGCAUGUGUGUGUCCCUGUGAAUAGCUGGUUGUGUCUCUGUGACAGCAGCAGUGUCUGGUAUCAGACUCUGUAACUAGGGGAAAGGGGAAGGAUUUCUCUCAGCCAAAGGGAUCCACUGAUAACCAGAGAGGUAGAGGGAGGGAACUCAGAGUGCCAGCCUGCAGCAAGACACACACAAGGGGAGCCCUGAAGGAGCUGCACCCAUCAUGGAGAUGGCCAGAGCAGGUUUCAUUUGCCUGUUGCUGCUGGAGAGCUGGGCCCAGGGGCCUCUUCCCUCUGGAUCCUCUCUCCUCUCCCAGGAGGGAGACCUUACCCUAAGUGAGGACCUUCUGCUGCCUGAGAAGAUCAGUGAGACCACCUCACCCAAUCCUGACAUCCACCUCAUCCGGAGCAAGCCAUCUGCCCACGUGAGGCCAUAUAGCCUGUCCCGCUCUCCCAAUGACUACCACUACUCCCCCAAACCCAAGCAUCUCAGGGCCCCUCGGUUGUUGAAGCUGCUGGGCCCCUCCUACGACCCCUUCUGGAUGUCCCCGCAGGAUCCACGAAGCCGCAACACCAGCCUGGAGCAGCUGGGCACCCUGAGCCAGGACCUGGCUGAUGGCACCAGCCGUUACCGGAAGAAGCUGCUGCAGGAGGCUGAAAAUGUGGAGCUCCCUGUCCUGCUGCCCCCUGAGGAGGGGAUGGCCAGCAACCUAAGCCAAGCUGUCACCCACCGCCUCCGUCAGUGGCUGGUGGACAGCGCCACCUGCCACCUGACCUCAUCCUGGGUGGAUCUGGGGCCUGUCUUCUGGCCACGUUGGGUUCGCCACACAGAGUGCGACACCUCCCACACUGGCUGCUCCUGGCCUCCUGGCAUGACCUGCCGUCCUGCCCAGUUCACCCACAUCAAGCUCCUGGUCUGGCACUGCUGGAUAAGCAAGGACCCAGCCAUAGACAUGGGCAGGACUCUCCAGCAAUGCACCUGGAGGCAGAUCCCGUACCCAGUAGUGUCUGCUUGCAAGUGCUCCUGUCGGUAAUCGGACAGUGAGGGGCAGGGGACUCUUCCCCCACUGGAGGGGUGAGAUCAUGGGUGCAUUGCCACCUCGGUGCUCCUUCAGGGGUUUGCUAUCAUGUUGCAGCAGUUUGAAAUCACCUGCGCAGCCAAGGCUCAAGAGGCUGAGCGAAGGAUGGCAUGAUCCCACCCACGUUCCCUGCUGCAGAUAGAGCUGGGAGUCCUCUCCAGAUGUUCUCAUCUCCACCUGGACCAGCCAGAUAUCACAGAGAUACUCAUCUGAUCUCUCCACCCACUACAGCCAGGAUCCAGCAUCCUCCUGGUGGAAGUCCUGAGGCUGUGGAAAGCUGGGGAUCCCUAGAAAAUUACAGAAGAGGGGGAGCCAGAACUUGGGCUCCCCUCCCACAUCCAAGGGAAUAAACCCAGAAACAGAGUGCCAUGGGAACUGGGGGCACCAA